CAAAGCUUCUUCGAGGUAUGAGAAGAGUAAUGAAAAGAAUAUGAAUACAUUCUUAUUGUAUUUUUUGAAAUGUUUUAUAAUGAAAAAACAGUUAAGUUUUUUAACAAAUAUCAUUUGAAUAAGGUGCUACAAGCACAAUCGGAAGCAGUCGCCGUUGUUGAGAACCGUCAGGCGUAUAUACGAAGCGCGACGAAAGCGUCCACACCGUCCAAUGCUAACUUCUGAUUGGCUGAAACUGAUGGUUAUUUUGCUAGGCGCAUGACGUAAGCAUGUAACCGACUUGUUGAUUGGUGGAGAAGGCGGGGAAGGCCGUGAUUAUUGGACAAGGAUCGAGAGUCGCGUUGCGAUAUUGGGGUAUCAGGGAGCAUGUGUGUGCUUAUGCAUACGUAUGUGUGAAUGCGUGGUGGAUCGAGCUCGGCUGCGAGUGCGAGAGCGAUCGCGGCUCUGUGGCUGACUGUAUAUCUGCCUGUGGACUAGUUGGUAAUUUGGUGUCGCGCCUCCCGGCUGCGUGUGGACGUGUUAGCGAGUUGACGCUUCCCCGAGUUGGCGAGCAAGACUCAGGAGAAGGCAACUCAGGCUCGCUGCUUGGCGCGCGCGAACCAUCGGUGGAUCGCGACUGGAACGACGGCGACGUCGACGAGUGCUAGCUGUCGGCAUUGUUCGCGUUGGCAGCACCAUGUUUACUUGGCCGACGAAGCCAAGCAGUGGAGCCGAGCACCAGGAUUGUUGGACGCGCGACUCUGGCGAAAGGCACUUGAGGAGGCAGCAGUAGACGCCACAGAAUUUCACAUUUUCACGUGAGAAAAAAGUGCCAUGGAUGAUGAAGAGCGGUUGGAAGGAGAGGAGGAAAUGGAGCUUGAUGAUGCUACCGAUGGUGAAGAUGAUGACGAGGAAAAUUCCGGUAUACCAAUUUCCCCUGCAAAUUCUGACCAACUGCUUGGUCCUCUGGCAACCCCGAGCAUAAGUCAGUGCCUUGGUUUUCAUGCAGAAAGUCUAAAUAGCAAUGCUCAAGAUGCAUACAACACAAGCUUCUCUGCAGAGGAAGUUGUCCAUGAUCCAACCUUACAAUAUCCAAACUUUUCUCUACCUGGUGGAAAGCCUCUAUACAGACGUGGGCCAGGUAGACCUCGAAAAGAGCGCCCACCUGGAGUCCCACGUGGCAGUGGCUUGCGAAGAGGAUUUGGAAGAGGUUCAACAAGGGGAAAAGGGUUUGGAUAUGGUAGGGGCAUACCACGUCGUACUAAAAGUAAAGAUGAUGAUACGCAUUCAGAAUCGCCAAGCCCAUUGAGGAUAGGAGAUGAUACAUCGAUUGAUGGAGAAUCUUCUGGCCUUGAGAGAUCUAUGCCUGCUCCAGAAGAACCUCCAUAUUUUCAGGAACAGUGGCCUGGAAAAGUUUGUGCUCUGUGCAAUUUGACUGAGAGAAGUCAAUUGGGUCAAGGUGAACUGUUGAAACUCACAAUACCUGAUGAUUUUACACCUCAAAAAAAUAGUAAUCGUGAAGAAACUCCUGAAAGUCUUGUUGAUGUGCCUAGUUCGGGUGACAAAAGUCCCCGCACAACCAACAGUCUUGGAGCCGUGACGUGUCGGAGGCAAAAAAGUUUAGCGAAGUGCAGAAAUCCUAGUCUAUCCAAUUUUACGGAACCCAUUGAAGAAUUAACUAUAGUAGGUCAUUCUGAGGAGCCUGAUUUGGGAAUUAUUUUUGAAAUGACUGGCCAUUAUUACGUUCACCAAGCGUGCGCUCUUUGGACGGGUGGUAAUCAAGACAUGUCCACGGAAAUUAUUAGUUUAUCCAUUGUACAGGCUUCAUCCCGUAGAUGUGCUUAUUGUUCCCGUUUUGGAGCAGGCAUAACUUGCAAAGUGCAAUCGUGCAACCGCUAUUUUCAUUUUCCAUGCGCCGCAGCAUCGAGCUGCUUUCAAGACAUCAAAAGCUUGACGUCGUUUUGUAGUCUACAUUUAGGGCAAGUCCCUCUACUGAUAAACGGAGACGGAGACAGUAUAAAGUGUAUGACAUGUUUUGGCAUGGGCGAUGUGUCGAAAUUGGUAAUGUGUUCAAUCUGUGGACAGCACUAUCACGGUGGUUGCAUCGGACUGGCAUUAUUACCGAAUGCUCGUGCAGGCUGGCAGUGUAUCAAUUGUCGUCUAUGUCAGGUAUGUCGGCUACCUGAAGAUCAGGCUAAAGUGAUGACCUGCGAGCAAUGCGACAAAGCUUAUCAUCCUAGUUGUUUAAGACCAAUUGUGACUUCUAUACCGAAAUAUGGUUGGAAAUGCAAGUGUUGUCGGGUUUGUACCGAUUGUGGAUCACGAACACCUGGUGCCGGUCUGUCGUCGCGUUGGCAUUCUCAUUACACAGUUUGCGAUUCUUGUUAUCAGCAGCGGAAUAAGGGCUUCUCUUGUCCAAUCUGCAGAAAAGCUUAUCGAGCGGCUGCUUACAGAGAAAUGGUUCAGUGUAGUAGUUGUUCAAAAUUUGUUCACGGUACAUGUGAUCCUGACGCGGAUCCAUUGACCUAUCAGCACCGUAAGGACGCUAAACCGGAUUAUGAGUAUGUUUGUCCUCAUUGCAAGAACAAUGCCCUGGUCAAGCGCAAGGACAACAUCGAGGACUACGGCGUAGAGUCUAGCCUGACCGCCUCGCAAGAGAGCUUGUAUGGGGGCGACGGCGACUCCUCCGAGAUGGACUUCCAGGGCAGUUCAGAAGAUGCGGCAGCAUUCUAUUCGAUAGGAUUAGGUAAAGGAAAGCCUUUUUGUGCCUCGAAAAUUGCCAAGAAGAGACUUGGCCUUAGCGGAGGUUUAGUCGGCCGACCAAAAGGCGUCGGAAAAUUAGGUUACCAAAAACGACAGAAAAUGACCGAGUUUCGAAGAAAGAGGGGCCCCAAAGCUAAAAUGCGAGGAGUUUUUGGCGUCCCAAGCGUGAGUCUACAGAGACCUGCCUCGGACUCGAACUCGAAAGAAGAGGAGCCCGUAAACGAGAAUAAACUGGUGUUAUGUUCGGCAAAGGACAAAUUCGUGCUGUCGCAGGACGUUUGCGUGAUGUGUGGCGCGAUAGGCACCGAUCAGGAGGGUUGCUUAGUGGCCUGCGCUCAGUGCGGUCAGUGUUAUCAUCCCUACUGCGUGGAAAACUUCAAGCUAACCAAGAUGAAGCUAAUGAAAGGUUGGCGCUGUCUUGACUGUACCAUUUGUGAGGGCUGUGGCGAGCGCAACGACGAGGCCCGGCUGGUGCUCUGCGAUGAUUGUGACAUCAGCUAUCACACGUACUGCAUGGACCCGCCGCUCGACUAUGUGCCCGCCAACGAAGAGGUGUGGAAGUGCCGCUGGUGCGCCCAGUGUCAAACUUGUGGCUCUAAUGAUCCGGGAUUCAAUUCCGGCUGGCAGAAAAAUUACACCCAGUGUGGACCCUGCGCUUCGCACUCGACCUGCACGGUGUGCAACGACGACUAUAGCGAGGGCGAUUUGAUCAUUCAGUGUGUACAGUGCGAGAGGUGGCUACACUGCAUGUGCGACUCAAUCAAGACCGAGUUGGAAGCCGAAAAGUGCGCUGAGGAGGGCUAUAACUGUGUGCUCUGCCGGCCAAGGGACGUGCCGCCUCCCCACCUGCACAUGACCAGCAGCAAGGUGUCAUUUCUCAAGUAUCAACAGCAACAACAGCAACAAUACUUACAACAGCAGCAACAGCAAAUGCAGCAACAACAAAUAAAACAACAGAUGCAGUCGCGCUCGCCACCGCCAACGAUGCGCAGUCCUGAUAUCGAGAGACCUAUCAAUAAUCAUCAACAGUACCUAGUCGAGGGAGUGGUGCUGUCGGAAAGCGGCAUGCAUCACAUCAAAGCACUGAUGGCCGAGCACCAGAUGGCCAAGAAGAAAAGGCGGAAGCUCAACGGUCCGAACGCUCCAGUGCCGGCCGUGAUCCCACCGCCUAAUGCCCCGUUGGACAAGGAUGCCGACAUAAUGGCGACAAUCGAGUCGGUGGUGGCCGGUGGUAGCCUGGAUAACUCGCUCGACGACGGUAGCGGUAAGUUGUUGGAUCCGAUGGAGGUCAAGGACGAGCCGAGUCAGGUAUACAAGGAGGGCAUGGUCUGGACGGCUCGUGGCGAUCAGCCGCCCCCCGAGGGCUUCAGCCUCUUCACCGCUGAGAACGGUAUUACCGUGCUGAGGCGCAAGCGUCAGCGAAAUUUGCAGAAGCUUGGCAUUGGUGGUUUCAUUGUCCGUCUGCGGGGCACUCGUAAAGACAAGGAUGAUGAGGCCGAGCAGCCGCCACCAUCCACGCCGGUGGCGGGCGAGAACUUGCUUGGCUCCGGUGCCGAUGACAAGCCGCGCAGAAAGCCCCAGCGCAGGAAACCAAAGACUAAGUUGGCCGAGUGCUUUCCUGUGUAUAUGCAGGAGGCAUUCUUCGGCAGGAACCUCAUGGACACUACCAAAGACAAGGAGCUGGAAAGUAGUAGUGGCGACUCGGAUAACGAACGCGCCAACUCGACCGGCGGCAACACCGACACGAUACAGUUAUCUCGGGAUGAGCUGCAGGCAAUGGAGCAGCUUAAGGCUUCCAAGCAGGACCGUGAUGAGCAGCAGCGAAGUUCGAGUGCCGGCCCAGGUCAGGCCACCAGCCGACCGACGGUGCCCAUCAAGCGCGAGGAGGCCGUCAAGGAGGAGGUCAGCGAUCAGGAGGCUCUGGAUGAUAUCUUGCCCAUCUCCGGCGAUCUUCUCGACAGCGAUCUCGUCAAUAUCGAUGAUGAUCUAGCCAAGGCUACCGCCUGGGACGAGCUCGAGCAAGCCCCCGAGUCCACCAAAGACGAGCUGCCCGACAUCUUAAGCCCUCAUUCCAUUUUAGAUUCCAUGGUUCGCGAUACCGGGCUACCUAAUAUGGCUAGUCACGAUGUGGAAGAAAUAUUCAAAGGAGUUCUCACGGACGAAUCUCAAGAAUCGCGGGAAUCUUGCGGAUAUCCUGUACCAACUCAAGCACCACAAACCCAGUCUUCCACUACUCCUUUGAUUUCUGCUUCACCUCAUCCUGCUAACCUACAACCAGCUAGCGCGCCGAUGAAUAGACCACCAAUGCCCGUCUCCAUGCCCGCUACUGGCCAGUCUACUCUCAAUUCGCCCAUGAGUUUCCCACCACCUUCGCCUUACCAUUCCGAGUACAGCAACAGUCCUACGUUCAGUCCUGCGUUUUCUGAACCACCUAGCCCAUGGGUGAACCCAGAGGACGAGACCGUCAUUCCUACAGGCGUUACAGCUGCUAUCACCUAUAACCAAAGAAAUAGUUUAAAACUGGAAGCUGAUGAGACCUUGGGCAACGGGGCUACGACAGCCUCAGUGUUGUAUGCCAACAUGAAUCAUCCAGAGUGGAAGUCUGAAUAUCCAGUCUGGUCGGAACGUCAUAAACAAAUAGUGAAAAAAUGGCGAGCUUUGCCGCCGGAAAAGAAAGCGCCUUACGUAAGCCAAGCUCGAGAAAAUAGAGCAGCAGCUCGCAUGAAGAAAGCUCAACAGAUACCGAAGGAGUCGUCGCCGAGCACAAAGCCAGCGACGGCUGGGACGAGCACGGGGACGGUCGGUGCGAUCCCUCAGAAAGUAGCAGGGCAGAGCGCAGUGCCUCCGGUGGUGGUGAUGGCGACAAGCCAGAAGCCUGAAGCCGGCCUGCUGAGCUCGCUCAGCGAUCCGUCGGCGGCGGGUAAGGAGCAGAAGUCACAGACAGCGGCGCAGGCGGACCCGAUCAGCAGCACGACCGCGGCAGUUGUGGCCACGGCGGUGGCCCAGGCGGCGGCUCAAGCAGCUCAGGCCUCGCAGUUGAUUGCAGCCGGAGCGCCCCAGAUAGCGGAGGUGUGUGCGGUGCAGGGAGGAUUGACGCAGCAGCGCCGGCUAACAGCAUCUCGCUCUCCAAGUUCUUCCCCAAACUCCACACCACCCUCUUGCUCGCCCAGACCCCCGUCCUCCUUUGCCCCUCACCUCAUCAGCAGCCCCCUCGUGGCCGGCGGCCGAUCGAGUGAGCCGGCAAGCGCCUCAUCGUCAUCUUCUUCUGUCUCUUCGACUUGCUCUUCUUCUUCUUCCUCCUCGUCGUCGUCCAACUGCUCCACCUCGUCCUGCGGCGAGGCGUCACUGGGCCCCGGCGGUCCGACUCCACCACCAGCUCCCACGCUCUCUCAGCCGCAGUCACACUCACUCUCGCAUUCGCAGUCGCAUCCACAGUCGCAAUCGCAAUCACAAAGAGCAUCGCCUCAGUCACUUCCGCCGCCUCUCCCGCCACCUCCACCGCCACCACCAGCCCAACCCGUACCACCUCAGCGUAGUCCCCUGGCAGCGGUGGCAACGCCGCAAGCAUCGAGUGCCAGCCAGCAGCAGCAGGCGCAGGCGGUCUCGGCGACGGCGACCGCUGCUGCUCCUACGCGCCAAUUCUCCUCGGUAGACCAUCAGAUUAGAGUGCUCACUCCGUCUGAGAUAAUGCGCACCCUCCCCUCCCUCUGCCAGGAGCACUACGACCCGCCACCCACCGCAAUUAUUCACACUGUACCUGUACAGCCCCCGGUUAUGGAACAAGAUAAACUCGCGAAUAGAGAUCGAUCGAAUAGAGAGGCAGAACAGGAGCGUCAAUGGAAGCAAUUGCAAGCUAUACGACAGCAACAGGCGCAAAUGCAACAGCAAGUAAUUCAUGAUCAACGGGCGCAUGAUGGAAACUUGGAUUUGCAAUGUCGCAUCGUUGCAGCUAUUGCGAGGGUACAUCGACAACUCAGUGAUGACAGCACUCCCAUGUUGAGCAACGAAAAUCAAACGAGCAUGAACUCGUCCUUAAUAACUCAGGACGGUAAUCAAAUGGGGCCGAUGCUGCCUCAACAGCAGCAGCUGGGCCCUCGCGGUCAAUUCGCCGCGCCGUCGAUGAAAAUGAGCCGAGGAGUCGCUCCGCCGAGUCCGCAUCCAGGUAUGCCUGUACGACUGUCUGGGCAGCAACAGCAGCAACAGCAGCAGCAGCCUCAGCAGCAGGUGGUGCAAGUUGGUCGACCAAUGCCCGGCAUCAGACCUGGGAUGCCAGUCAACUUCAACCAACAGCAGCAGCCACCAUCUCCCUUCUCUCCGCAGGCUCCUCAAUCUCCUCACGAUUUUCCACAGUCCCCGGCUGCCGCGCAACCGCAGACACAAGCGACCGAGCACUUUCAACGUUUCGAUGGCACCGAUGGUUUCAGUCAAACCUCCCCCGCUCAGUCCCGGUCUACUACGUCAUAUGCGAGCUCUCCACGCGGUGAAGUCUUUGCACAACCACCCGGCACGCCGAGGCCCAGCUACGGGGCAGCCUCUGCUGGGCGACCAGUGGCUCACGUAUACGCUCCUUCGCACGUAUCGACGCAACAGCACUCGCAUCAAAAACAACCGCCUCCGGCGAUUCAGCCGCCGCCCCCGCCAUCGCCUAUUAUCGGUAGCCCGGUGCAGAACUACCUCUCGCCGAGGUCGGAACAGCGCGUGGAAGCUCAACAGAGCGAGCUUUUCAACCAGCAGCCCGAAGUUAACCAACAGCUCAGGGAUUUGUUGCAACGUCAACAGCAGUUUAACAAAGACAUGAAACCCGUUAACCAAGCUUGGACUCAAGAUGGCCAAAAUGCCGGUGAGUCGCCUCAGCAGCAGUUCGACGCCGGCAAUGUGCAACUGCAGCAACAUCCGCAAAACACAGUCAACGUUACGGCCGAAGGUACUUUUAGGCAGCCUCUUCCUCCAGGAGCUGCUAGGCCACGAAUGCCCAUGCAACCAAAUAUGCUGAUACGAAGUCCUAUGGGUCAUAUUGCCACUCCACGACAACCAGGUGUGACAGCUAUCGACACUGCGAGAUUACAAGGAUUAGAUCCGAGAACAAGAAUGAUUUUGCAAAGGCCACCGGUGCCAGCUAGCAUUGUGCAGCACUUCCAGAAUAGUCAAAUUAUGCAGCAACGUAUGACAGGACCAAGACCUCCUAUACCGGGACAAGAGAGCUUUGAACUUGUUCAGCAACGUUUUGUCGCCGAAGCAAACCAAGCACAAAAUUUAGGUCAACGACUUAUAAGACCCGGUCAAAAUGCAAUGAAUCAGGGAGUUCGUUUAAUAAAUACAGCAGGUAUGGUGCGACCACCGAUUUUACCCACAGUCACUGAAGCGAACGUUACCAUGUCUGAAACUUCGGAAAUUCCGGAUAACGUGACAGCUGAACUUGAGAAACUUGAACAAGAGGGAGCGCCCAUGGUCGAAGUUGAAAAUGUUAGUGCAAUAUUAGGAGAUGACUUAGGAGACGACGACGACGAGCUUUUAGCUGAAAUGGGAGCUGACUUCAAUAUUCUCGAGUACGCUGAUCCUGAAUUAGACCAGUUGACUGGUGGCGAAAAAACCAAUAUAUUAGAUUUGGAUCUUGAACAAGAUGAAGUUGAAACAAAGGAUGAGAAACAUAAAAAAGAUGUAAAGGAUGAUAAAACCGCGGGCGUUGUCGAUAGCGCUGAAACAACUACAAGUACAAUGCAAGCAUCUACUGGAAAUUCAAACGUCCUGACCCAAGUUCAAUCAUUAGCACCAAUUAAUCAAGGUGCUCAAGUGACUCAAUCGCAAAUGAUGUCUCAAGCUCAUCCGCAGGCUAUUGCAAUGCAGCAACAAAUGCAUCAGCAUGUGCAGCAAGCGGUAGCUAUGGGAAGACCCAUAUUGCCGGGAACAAGGUUAUUAUCUGAUGAUGGAACCAUCGGUGUUGUUACUUCAACCAAUUCGGUCACCGUUAGCUAUCCUUCCACUUUCCCCAACCAUCCACAACGUAUUCCACAGCAACAUAUACAAGCUCAACAGCAACAACAGCAGCAGCAACAACAACAACAACAACAACAACAACAGCAGCAGCAGCAGCAGCAGCAGCAACAACAACAGCAACAGCAGCAGCAACAGCAGCGACUGGGAAUGAGAGUUACCGGCAUUCCAAAUGUCGCGGGUCGAGUCGUAUCAGUUAGUUCAAUGAUUGGGGCUAGAAUGCCUUUGGCGCUACCGCCGCCUCCACCUCCAUACCCUGGACCGCCACCGCCUUAUCCAGGACCUGUACAAAUGGGACUAUGUCAGGGUGAUCGGGGUUUGCCGCGACCCCCCACGCAUAUGGCGCAUGCCGCUCCGGUGGCGGCUCCGUCGAUGACCCCAACGGUACCUUCUGGUGCGUCAUCUAUGACACCCCACCCCCAUCGAAGACCCUUGCUUCUGCAGUCAUUCUCACAGGAACAGCCGUUGCUCUUGGAGGAGCUCUUGGAGCAGGAGAAACGCGAGCAAGAAAAGCAGCAACAGCACCACCAUCAACAACAGCAGCAGCAAGCCGAUACGACGGCGCCAACUGGCACUCUGCUCAGUGACAUCGAGUUCGAGCGACUGCGGGCCGACGUUUUGGCCUCGGGAUCUCUUACGUCGCCUCCACAAAGUAUAGCUGUGGUGCAAGCUACGACCAAUCCAGUGACAAGACCAACAGUUGCGACCGCGUCAAAUUGGCAGCAACCGACCACCACUGAUCCUGGUAAAGUCGUCGUUCAAACUCAGAGGCAACCCGUCAAUACCCCGACCGCUACUGAACCGAGAGUGCCUGCAUUUAAUAUACCUCAAGUGCAAGCCCCUCCAGUACCUCCUGACAAUAUUGUCACUGAACAAGAUCGACAAAUGCAGGUCCAGUACGAACAGUGGCUGAACCAUCAAAAUCAGAUUUUAAAUCAGCAAUUAAAGUAUUAUGAAACGGAGGUUCAAAAACUUCGGAAGGUUAGAAAAUCCCUUGGAAGUAAACAGAGACAGUGCAAAAAGUCUGGUAAUGAAUUAGGUGAGAGCGACGCGGCUGAACUUCAAAGAAUCGUUAGCGAAUUAGCAAUAUUCCAGAAACAUUUCGAUCAGAUACGUAAGCAAACACGGCAGCAUACUAACCUCAUUCAAGAUUAUCGGAAUAAGCAACAGCAAAAGUCGGCACAACCGCAGAACGCUGAAUCCUGUUCCCCGAUGAUGUCGCCCUCUCAACAUUCAUCACCAAUGCACAGUCCAGCUGGGCUAAUGUCACAAAGUCCCGGUCCAGGCAGCGUGCCGUCCAACAUGCUUCAACACUCCCCCGCUGCGUCCAUGGUACAACAUAGUCCUGGCAAUCCCCAUUCGAAUCCGGGCACUAUGUCGCCGCACAGUAGCAUGCAGGCUUCUCCGCGCAUCGGCACCCCUCACUCUCAGCCCGAGGAGAGCCCUUUCAGUCCUGGCACGAUGCCUUCGCCGGGGAUCGCCGGUCCCGCGGUACAAAGGAUGGCCUCACCUCAGCACCGCGCCAUUGGUAACGGCCGACUGACCACCAGUCCCGGUGCCUUCGCUCCCGACGGCCAGCAGAUGCGAACUCCGCAGCAAAUGCACUCCGUGUCGAGUCAACGCUUCGUACGCCCUGGCUCUAUCGAUGCCGGCCCUCGCCCCAGGAUGCCCAUUCAAGGCCAGAUGAUUUACGGUCAGCGUGCGCCGUUGGACAGUUCUCAACCAACUCAGCCGCCAAUGCUAACUCAACAGCAGCAUCAACAGAUGCUACAGCGCCAGCAGAUGAUUCAGCAACAGCACGAUAUCAAUGUCCAAAUUUCCCAAGACAAUCAAAGCAUGAUCACUCAACGCAACAUACAAAUGAUCCAACGGCAGCAAGCGUUGCACCAGCAACAGCAGCUUCAACAACAGCAGCUUCAACAACAGCAACAUCAACAGCAACAGCAACAUCAACAACAGCAUCAACAACAACAGGUGCAGCAGCAGAUGAUGCAAAAGCCACCAACGAGUCCUAUGCUAUCACAUCCGGCUUCGUCUCCCAGCCCACAGUUGCAUCAACAGCUGCAACAGAAUUACAACCAGCCACCGAGUUCGCCGCACCCAAUGGUUCAGCAGACUAUGGGUUCGCCCAUGCUACAACAACAACUCAGUCAGUCGUCGCAGCCGUCGAGUCCGAUGGGUACUCGAGUGCAAAACCAUCCACCCAACUCGCCCAUGGUCUCCCAAUAUCAGCCUCCCAGUCCACUGUCGAGGAACCAUCCGUCGACAUCACCGAUGCUGCACCAAAUGACCGGCGGCGCUCAUCACCCUCCGAGUUGCCAGACGCCUAACUCAUCGAUGCCGCGAAGCCCCAUGGUGGGCGGCUCACCGAUGCAGAUGCAGCGCAGACAGUCCAGCGGCAACAGUCCGGCCAUGCCUGAUCGGCCGCAGAGCGUGGAGAAUCCCGGCACCCCAAGGACUCCACAUACUCCGCUUACGCCGCAUUCCGCCUACAGCUCGCAAAACUCGAGCAACCAUUCUAUGAGCGAUCAGCAGCAUCUGCAACAACAGAAUUCACAGGCUUUACAGCAGAUGCAGCAGGCUCACCAAGAUGCUGGCUUAUCGAUGGAUCUGAACAGCAGAGGCGGCGGCGGUGGCGGCAGCAAUCCGCACAACCCCAUACCACUGCCCGUUCUGUUUGGCAGGUAUGGAUACUUCAAGCUGGGUCUUCGAGGCGGUUCGCCGAUGUGGUCGUCUAAAGCUGAGACGAGCAAAGGCAAGACCGCCGAGUCGCAGUUGACCGGCGCGGACGAUAAGCCCAAUACCUCGUCAGUGGUCCAUCGAAAAACCGGCAUUCCGCAGUCUAAGGUCAAUUCGCUAGUAUGCGCGGACUAUAAUGACUUCGAUGAUGAUUCCCACACGCCCCCGCAAACGCCUCCAACCACUGCCGAUUCCAAAGCAGCCACUUCUUCCAUAGCAAACAGUGCAAUGGCACUAGAUAGUCCUAGCGAUAAGGGCGAGUCGCUACCGGAUACGGUUGAUUACGACGACGACAAAACCAUCAUCAAUGCCGAGGUCACGUUGAGCUCCACCGCACAGAAGGAUAACGAUGACAUCCCCGUCAUCGAACAGUUCGGCGACUCGGAUUUGGAUAUUAUAUCCGGCACUCUGGAGGCAGUUGACCAAGAGCAGUACGUUCUCUUCGAGUCAGAUUUGUUGUCCGUCGACAGCAAUGAUUCACUCGGCAAUGCUUUAGUCACCACGAGCAACGAGGAUCAUGACUUUGUUCAAAUUCUGGAAAUCGAGCAUACGGAAACCCCCAACGACGAUUCCUCCUUUAGCGAGGAGCUAUUAUCCUCUCAGUCUUCCAGGAACAAAAAGGGAUUACAUCUCGAUAUUGUUCGGGCAAUGCCCGUCGGUAAAAGAUUGGUCACUCUCACGGAAACACCCGAAUCGCCAGACGAAGACGACCUUACCGUUGAUCCGUCACCAGGAAUGUAUAUUGAACAAUCGCCCGAUCAAGAUCUCCUUGUAACUCUUACUGAAUCAGACAUUGUCAUUGUCGAGUCCACGCCAACUAACGAUAAUUCUCCAACUAAAUCAACUUGUGACGAAGAAGGCUCGGAAACCAACUCUCAAGAUGCUGUGAAAUUAAAAGACGUAGAAUUGACGACUUCCACCCUUGAAUCUUCAGUAGCUAUCAAAAGUGCGCUGUCUCACUCCGAAGAAAUGAAAAUAACCGAAGGCACGAAGGAAAAGAAAAGUUUUACAUCUUUUACAUUCGCGGAAAAGAUUCAACAAAUCUCUCCAACCAAUCUUGUCGUAACAAAUGUCGCUAAACCAAUCGCUACAAGUUAUUCCAAGUCGAUUCCUACCAGCGAUGUCAAUGUUGCUGCAACAAUAAAACCUCUAACUAAGGUCAACACAGUAUCGUCUACUAUAAAAGGAUUGCUUACUAAUACAACAGCUUUGAGUCAGAAACAAAUAAAUGCGCCAAUUACGCUUUCCAGCAACGUCACUGAUGCUAAAAUUCUUACGAAACUCAAUCAAAGCACUACAAAAAUUAUCCCAGCAACUGCCGUUCAAAUUGGCAAACUUUCAAAAUCUCAAGAAAUUGUUAUAAAAAGUAUGCAGUCGAACACGGGCCAAUCGUCGGGAAAUUUACGUGAGAAAACUGGAACUGUUGGUCAAACAGUUCUGACUGUACCUGAAAAACUAACUAUCCUCAGCACUGUACCAGCCAGUCAAGUUCUUCAACAAAAAGCCUCGGCAAAAUCUACUGACAGACUGCUGACUACAAGUUUGAAAAUUGCCAAUCAGUCUAAUCAAGUCAAAUCUGUUAAUAAAGCUGAAUUAACGAAACAAGAAAAUACAAAUAAAAAAUCAACAUCUCAUCGGAACUUCAUUAUUUCUAGUGAAAUGAAAAAAGACGUAAAAGUAUCAGUUACGCUGAAGGAAGAUAAAAAAUUAGCUGAAGAAGCCAGCAGUAUCGCUUCUACAUCACAGAAAAUCAAUAACACGAACAAGGCGGAAAUGGCAAAUACUACCGAUGAAUUGGAAAGUAUGCUAGAAGCUAUACACAAUCCUGCCGAGAGUACCGUUAAUGGCGAAAAAAAAUCCAACAAAUCUAAAUGUAAUAAGGACGUGAAAACUUUGAAAAGAUCAUCACCAGUUACCGAUCAUCUUUCUCUUGUUAAUAUAUUAGAAAACGACAUUGAAGCGAAGGAACCCAGUAAAAUUCAAGCGUCAAAUUCCGAUAGUAUCGACAAGAUUAAAGAUGAGCGAAAAGUAACAACAGCGGGCAAACCCACUGACAAAAUUCGAAUUCAAUCAUUAGCUACGACUCAAAGCAGCUCAUCAGAUGCUUCUCUAAAAGAAGUAAAAAGUGUGAUGGAAGAGUCUUCCGAGGAUAUUCUCGAUAUGCUGCACAAUAUAAUUUCGUCUAAGCCAGAAAUGCAAGAUGAUAAAUCGGAAAAAUCGAGUCUUAUGUAUCAGCUGGAAGCGCCACUGGAAGCUUUACCGCUAAAUAUUUUGCAAGACUCUAUAGCAGAUUUGGAACAAGAACCGAUCUCAAUUGCGAGCGUUGAAAAAAUUUUACCUAUCGAAAAGAAAGACACGCUAUCCGGAGCAAACGCUGCGAUCACUCAACCAAUCAAUGUCACAGCUACCAAGAGUUCACCUCCUCCGAUGACUCAACCCGCGAAUACCAUUACUACAGUGCCCCAUCUCUCGCCUUUGUCUCAGCCAACGGAAAUAAAAUCUAACACCGAAAAUGCAAGCGAUCAGCUGAGGAAUUUGUUGUCGUCUGUACACGCGUCCCAGAGUUACACCGAAAACGUUCAGUCGCAUAUCGCGACAUCCGCGCUAGGAACGGCAAGCGCAACAGCGGCAACAACAGCUUUAGCUUCGCGAUUGCUAACGAGUAUUAGCAGUGCGUCAGCAAACGCGAGCAAAGCAGUGGUUGCUAGCAGCGAGGUAGGCAGUAGCAAAGAGACGAUCAAUGCCACGAACGUCGCGCCAGUACCAACAUCGACACCUAGUCUACCUAAACCUUUAACCAACAUAGUUUCGAGUCGACCUGCUAACUCCAGCGGAGUCUCAAUUUCGUCAAACGCAAUGCUCAAUGCGAUGCUUUCAAGUACUACCUCCAUUAAAUCGUCAGUGGCUGGUAGCAAUCUACGAUCCAAUACAAUACUCACCUCGAGCAGUAGUUUAUUGAACUCCGUGAUAGCACAGGCUGCCGUGCAAAGGACUUCCAGCAAUAGCAGCAUCCAAACCGUUGUACAUGCUAGUGUGGCUUCUACCACACCUGUGUCUCGCUCGCUAGUCAACGUCAGUUCGGCUCAGCAAAGCAGCCUUGUUGCUGUCACGCAGAUUGGUAGCGUUCCCGCCACUAGCAGUAAUAGCGGUGCCACAAGCAAGGUUCCUUCUGUCGCCGCUAGCGCCACCGCCAGCAGUAGCAGCAAUACCGCGAGUAAAACUCUCGCUAUUCCGACGGCUCUGUCCAAUGCGAUCAGUCUCAGCAACACCAGUAUUCUUCAGUCUACACUGUCUCAAGCGUCGACUCUUCUUCACACGCAACUCACGGCUGGGCCCUCGCAAUACAAGUCUCCCGGGACCUUGCCCAUAGAUAAUAAAGGUGCGGAUGCGGAUUCGCCGGCAGCAAUGAACAAAGGUUCUCAAGCUAAGAAAGAUGUGGAGGGAGUGCUACAAAAAGUUACUUCAAGCGAAAAAACGUCCGCAAUCAAAUCGGAAUCAGAAAAUACAAAAAUUUCUGGUUCGCAUAGGAUGGAAGAUUCUCAAAACGUUUUACUAAAACAAUUACUACAAAAUACAGCCUCUACAACUACCUCUGGGUCGAGUUCUUCAACGCAAACCGCUAGUUUUCCUAAUGUGCCCUCGUUAGAAGCUCAACUAGCAAAACCCGUACCUCCGACUCCAUCGUCGCUAAUACCUCCGCUGUUGGACGAAAUUCCAGUAACUAAGCCAGCAAGUACAAAACAAGUGUUAACUCGAGAAACGUCAUUUUUAUCUCAAGUUGUCAAGCCGCAAAGUUUUCCCGUCAAAGAUGAAUCCACCAAACUAACUCCGGCUAUCAACUCGCCUUUGCCUACAACUCUUUCUAAAACAGCUACCGAAAUGACAGAAAAGCAACUCAGAGCUUCGCCAGUUCUACCUCAAAUCACUCAGCAAACUACCAGUACUGUUUUGCCAAAGCAAACCAUUUUGUUAGCAAAAUCCACCCUCACACUUACGGAUAAGUCGACGAUGUCGCAAUUAGAAACAAACUUGCUACAAAGUUCACUCAAAUCAAGCGUUGAUACAGUUGUUAGCGGUACUGUUCAAGUUCAGAAACAACCACAGCAAACUUUAUCACCAUUACCACUGCAGCAGCAGCAACAGCAACAGCAACAGCAUCAACAGCAACAACAACAGCAGCAGCUACUGCAGCAGCAGCAGAAGCAACAGCAGCAGCAACAGCAGCAACAACAGCAGCAACAGCAGCAGCAGCAACAACAGCAGCAACAACAGCAGCAACAACAGCAGCAGCAGCAACAACAGCAGCAACAACAGCAGCAACAACAGCAGCAACAGCAGCAGCAACAACAACAGCAACAGCAGCAACCGCAUGUACCGACACCACCACAAGUCAUGCGAGUGCCUACACAAGUUGAUCAACUGCAGCCACAACAACUACAAAUUACGGGAGUUACGGCAAAAGUUACGGUUUCUGCUGAAUCAAAAGAGACAACUCCGAGUACGAGUCCGUUGCAGAGCAACAAUUUGACCAUAACUCAUCCCAAAUCUGUUUCUCCCGCCGUUCAGAGGCUUCCCAAUACAAUCACAAACGUCGUUGCUCCAGUCGCCAAUGAACAGACCAAGUCGCCUCAACAGAUUAACACAGUGCAACCAGCAGUGCCUCAAACGAUGGCUCCGACAGUGGGUCGUCAAGUACAGCUGCCACAGGGUACAAUUGCGCAACACACAGUGCCUUUAAGCGAAGUUAAGAAGGAAGUUAAUGACGAUAUCCUCUCCAGCGGGACCCCCGCACAGCUAACCGAUACCAAAGACUUUUUAUCUGCCAAAGAAGAACUGAUGGACGGCUCCAUCGACGAUAAAACUGUAGAUCUCAAAAAAUUGAAAAGACGCCAAUAUCAACAAAAGCGACGGCAAAGUCAAGGUAAAGAUGCAUCGAUGGCGUCUCAGAAAAAGCGGCCGAGGAAGGUGUCUCGCUUGGAUGAGGAUUACGAUACGUUUGUUGACAAUCUUAUGGUGCAAUUACGGCAACUUCAACCUAUGGCGGUUUUGGAGCCACUUUUAGGAAAAAAUUAUGGUGUCUGUCCGAUUUUCGGCUCGGGUGAUUUAUCAAAAUUUGGCGGCCCAGUCGAAUACAAUUCUAGAACUGGAGAACUCAUUGGCUCAUACGGACGUGCUCGACUUCCCGGAAUUUCCGAUCAUUACAAUACACAGCCUUUCGGUGAGUUAGAACCCUUACUACCACUUCCACCAGUUUCAACUCAAAGAAGCUUCUACGAUCAGGAGUUUCCACCGCUCAAGUUUGAUGACACUGAUGAUAAAAAGGAAAAUCUUAUGGCACGAGAUGUUGAUACACCUGAUACAAUAGUGAGCUCGUCCUCACCAGAAUGUGUUAUUCCUGAAUACAUGCAUCGAUAUCCUGGACUUAAACUAAUUGAUGAUGAGUCUGAUGAAGAAACCGAAUGGCUAAAGAGAAUAUCACCAGUUAUACCUAUCAUAUCUCCUAUUCCAAUUCGUUUGAAACCAGGAAAUAUCAAAGAUGCCGCGAAGCAAGACAAAGAGAACGUUGGAAUUACAAGGUUAAACAAGUCGCUGUCUAAUACAAUCGAAAAUGGAAAUGUCACUGUUACGUUAACUCUCAACAGUCAAGCUGCGGAUGAUAUAAUGGGUGUACUUAAAGAUUUAGCGAAUAUCUUGAAUAUUGCUCCUCCGAAUGGUUACCAAAUAAUUGAGCGGACAACGACUCCGCCAAGUCAAAAGCUAGGACUAUUUAGAAUUAAAGGAAAGGAUGGAGCACCGAUUGAUAUUCAGAGUAUAUUGAAUGGAGCAGCUAAAUUUUGUCGUCACUGUGAUGUUGUGAUACUUAAUAGCCUAAUACGAAAGAAAGUUUCGGAACUACCAUUUCUUAGUAAAGAAGAGACGGAUGGUGAUGAGUUAUACUUCUGCACGCCGCAUUGUUACAUGCAAUUUGCAUUAAUGCAUCGGACACCCAAUACAACUCACGAUAAAGCUGCUGCGGUUGUUGAUCAUUUAUGUCAGAAAUCGGACUCGAAAUUCUUAGAGGAAGACAUAAGAAAAGCACAAGAGAAGACAUUUUUACUUAAACAUUCGAUUGGACAAAUAGAACAAAUGGAUGUGGAUUCUGCAGAAUCAAAUGUUGAGACUAAAAUAAAGAAGGAGAAGGAAGAUUUCGAGAAUAAAAAUAAUUAUAUAGACGAUAAAAGAGCCAAAAAGCAUCCAGCUCCAGAAGAUCAAUUACUCGGCCCAGCGGAAUUACAGCCACCGCCUAAGCUUUUUAAAGGAAGCCGGUACAAAAGCUUCACAUCUGGUGUAAUGCACCCUGCUGUGAAGUACAAAAGACCGACCGACCGUGAAAUCACAGAGAUGCUUUUUAGAAUGAAAAUUACUAUUACGUUUUCGGACAAUGGCGAAGAUACGCGCCGUUGUAUGUUCUGUCAAAACGUGGGCGACGGUGCCGCGGAUAAUACUGGAAGACUUUUAAAUUUUGACGUAGACAAGUGGGUUCACUUGAACUGUGCCCUGUGGUCUGAAGACGUGUACGAAACAGUGAACGGAGCCCUAAUGAAUUUGGAUAUUGCCUUGAAAAACUCGAAAGAUGCAAUUUGUAUUCUCUGCAAGCAAGCCGGCGCAACAGUAAAAUGCUUUAAAAUUCGCUGCAGCAGCUAUUACCAUCUCGGCUGCGCGGUCAGAGAUGGCUGUGUAUUUUACAAAAACAAGAGUACAUUUUGUUCGCAACAUGCUUCCAAGACGGAUAAGGACAACGAGCUUACUACACUGUCUGUUUAUCGAAGAGUGUACGUGUACCGCGACGAAAAUAAGCAAGUCGCGGCGGUAAUGCAAAACAACUCGGAUCACAACAACCUACUGCGAGUGGGUAGCCUGAUAUUCCUGAAUGUGGGACAACUGCUUCCCCACCAGCUGGCUAACUUCCACACGCAGAAUCACAUUUAUCCGGUCGGCUACAAGAUCGUGCGAUUCUACUGGAGCAUGCGGCGGCCGAACAAGCGCUGUCGCUACGUGUGCUCAAUUCAUGACGUGUCCGGCCGGCCGGAAUUCCGAGUGUUGGUGCAGGAGCCGUCCCAGGAGGACGUGGAGUUGCGCGACGCCUCGCCCCGGGCGGUAUGGAACCGCAUCCUUGAACCUUUGGCGGAGCUGCGCCGCAGUUCGAGCACCGUACAGCUGUUUCCGCGCUACGUCACAGGCGAGGACCUGUUCGGUCUUACUGAGCCGGCGGUCGUGCGCGUGCUCGAGAGUUUACCCGGCAUCGAGACGCUCACUGACUACCGAUUCAAAUAUGGUCGCAACCCGCUGCUCGAACUGCCAUUGGCUAUCAACCCUAGUGGCUGCGCUAGAACGGAGGCGCGUCUUAAGAACCAGCUGCCAUGGAAGAAGCCGCACACGCAACGCACGGCCUCCUCGGCACGAGCCACCUACGCCCCCGCUUCGAACAGCUCUGGAGAGCUGGCUUGUCCUUACUCGAAGCAGUUCGUGCACUCCAAGAGCUCACAAUACAAAAAGAUGAAGCAAGAUUGGCGUAACAACGUCUACUUGGCCAGAUCCAAGAUCCAGGGCUUGGGCCUCUACGCGGCGCGAGACCUGGAGAAGCAUACUAUGGUCAUCGAAUACAUCGGCGAGAUCAUUCGCACCGAGCUAGCCGAGACCAGAGAAAAGCAGUACGAAGCGAGAAAUCGUGGAAUUUACAUGUUCCGACUAGACGAGGAUCGCGUGGUGGACGCGACGUUAUGCGGGGGACUCGCCCGCUACAUCAACCACUCCUGCAACCCCAACUGUGUCGCUGAAAUUGUCGAAGUCGAGCGAGAUAUUAGGAUCAUUAUUUUUGCAAAAAGACGAAUCUCACGUGGCGAAGAGCUGGCGUACGAUUAUAAAUUUGACAUUGAGGAUGACCAGCACAAGAUAGCAUGCGCAUGUGGAGCGCCUAACUGCCGCAAGUGGAUGAACUAAAAAGUCCGAUCCACCGUUGUUAUUGUUGCUACAUUAAUGAAUAGGGUUUUCAAGGAGAAAUAAAAUAAAAUAUAUAAAUAUAUAUUAUAUAUGAAAUAGGCAUUAUUUAAUUUGUAAAGUGCCAUUGCGGUUCAAUUAAACAAUGUUAUAGUGAAGUUGGUGCUACGCCAUCACGACAUUCCUCCAAAGUUGUACAAUAUUAGUUUUACUUUGUAUCGAAUCGAAAGAUUAAUCAACUGUAUAUUACUGCGAUGAUCUUGGAAGGAAAAUGAAUUAAAACGCGACGUAAGUUUUUCUGAAAAUGAACUGACGCCCGCGUAUGUGUAUACUAGAGAAGUUUGUAUCUUUGUAUGUUAAAUGGAGUCGACCGAUGUUGACAUUGUUGUAAAAUAGAAAUUUAUUAAGUAUUAUUGCAUAUAAAUCGCACCGUAAAUGUACAUAAGUAGAAACAUACAUUAUUUUGAACCACCAGAAAAUUAUGUAAAAUAACAAGUACUAUAAUAUAACAUUGUACACGAUUAUACGAUAAUAAAUCCGUAUAAAAUUUAAUAAAAAUUUUGAGUUUCCGUUUCAACGCACUCCUCCGCGUCCGCAACCCUUUGACUCGUAAAAUAAGAUAGGGAUCAGUCAAACAACAUUUAAUUAGAUUUGAAAUUUUAAUCCAUCGAUCAUACGUCAAUCAACCAAUACUUUGCUAUAUUUACACUGCUGUACACGACUUUAUACAGAUAUCAGUUCUAAAUAAAUAAUGAAAUGAACUUUCGCAGGUUGAAAAAUGUAUUUUAGCAAUGUAGGAGCAAUUAUUUACAUUUUCAGUCAAAUACUUAAAAUUAUUUGAUUUAAAAUCCACAAAUUGUGAAGUCACUCAACGAUACUAUGAUAAAAACAUUGUCACAAAUUUUGGCAGAAUAUAUUAAUGAAUAUUAAAGGUUCUACGUACACACGUGUGCUUGUAAUACUUAUAAAAUAUUUUGAUCAUUAAAAAUGCACUUCUUUGGCGUAAACAUGCUUUAUGCAGAACUAAUAAAUUUUCUCGCAUAAAAACAAAUAAUAAAUUAUAGUGUUCAGUGGACUCUAUAAUAAUGAAUUUUUAAAAGAUCAUUGAAAGUUCAUUUAUCAAAUGAUGAAUAUGAUUUGUCACAUAGUUGAGAUGCACUUUUAAACAACGCACUACAACAUACAAUUCAGAAGAUGAACGUGAGCUUUACAACUUAGUAUCUAUUGAGUAUAUAAAUUUCAAUAAUGCAAAUCAAAUGAAAUAUUUUCCUUGUGAUUAAGUCAAUUAAAAAAUAUUAAUUGCUUGAGAAUUGAGCAUGGAAUUUCAUGACUAACGCGAUUCCGGCAAUGCCAAUAAUUUAAGAAUUUAUUAAUAUAAUUGCUUUUAUCAGGAUUAUCAUAAGAUUUAAGCAUAAUCAAUGGCUACAGUUUGCCAUUGAUAUGUCUAUUGUCCACACUUAAUCGAUGAUAACUGAUUUGACAUAAAUCUGUUGAUGCGUUUGUCGAAAUGACUGCUUACUUUAUUUCGAUGUAGGCAAGAUGUAGAUGCAAUGAGAUCCAUUGUAGAGAGGAGACUGCUUGGGUACUAUUAAUUCAA